AUGCUCAAGGGAUGUCUCGGGAAAAAAUACCAUGGGAAAAAACAACUUGAAAGUGAUGAAGGGAACUCCCCCUCAAAUAAGACAAUCAUCGCGAUUUGUCCCAACUGUGGCUACCAGGGGAGAAACACGCCAGCUGCAGCUACCAUCGCGAGAAGAGCUUCAGCAAACAUAAGGACCAGACCUACCUCCUUCUCAUUGCCGACAGGACUUAACCCUUCCAUACUUCUGGAUAAUUCACCCACACCUCAAAUAUUGAUCUCCAACAGUAAUAUUAUAGUAUACGCAAACAGAUCAGCAACACGUUUACUAGGGCGUAAUUCUCUAAUCGAUUUAGGUGACCCCACCUUCCAUCCCCCGCCUAUUAUUCCUACCACUCGUCCAACCGGUGGGAAGUCCUCAUUUUCGUCAACAGGCUCUCAGGGGAUAUAUGAACACGAUGAAGGAAUUGAGGGCUUUCAUUUAGAGGAUUUACCAAUGGAUUUGGCAAGAAUUGAUAUGCGGAAAUGGAUCUCACUUGCUCAAGUACUCAAAACUGUGAAGGCAAAGAUCCGGAAGCAAACCCAGCUAGAUACAUAUGGUUACGAUUCUGGCGCUUACUCGGAAUUCUAUGAUACAGGCAAAAAGGAGGAUGAUUACUCUGGAGACAAUGAGAUUGACAAUAGCGAAGAUUCGAGCAGAAUUGAUGAGUAUUCACGCAAGGAAAAAAUCCCGAUAAUUAUUACUAAACAGGAUGGGGAGCUACUUGGAGGUGAAUUGUAUAUGUCUAUACUCGAGACCACUAACAACCCCACAAACUCGGGAGUAUUCAUAGCUUUAUCCAUUGUCCCAAACUCAGAUGAUGUCGAUGCCGAAUUCAAUCCUGCCUUGCGAGGGAAAAGCCGGAAGCCAUCGGCAAAACAAAGCGUUGCUGCUGGAACAACUGGAACAGAUGUUGUUGACAGAGUAGCUAAAUUAAAAGAUAUGAUUCUUGAUGAGAUGGAGUAUUCGUUUGCAUGUAUUACUCCAGACGGGGACAUCUGCAUUACCAACAAGGCGUGCCGGAGGGUGCUAGGCCAGGACAUAAUGUCGCCUGUUGGUCAGGGACGGGAUUGGAUCUCCAACUUGGACGUUUGGCGUCCCGACUUUUCUGAGCGCUUGCCUUAUGACGAAUGGUGUACCAAUAAGGUUUUUAUUACGAAGCUUCCACAGAGAGCUACAGUUGGGCUACUUGUAGAUGGUGAAGAACGCGUCUUCGAUCUUAAAGCUACCCCAUUGUGGCAAGACCCGGAAAAAAAAGACAAUUUACUGGCAGGUCUCACCGUAAUUGUAGAGCAGACUGAACGUGCGAAUAGAGAACAGGAAAUUUCUAGGAGUGCGGAAAUAAGGAAGGUGUUUCUCAUGAACCUAUCCAGAGGUCUUAAAACAAGACCAGUUGCAGGUGUUAUAUCUUUUUUGGAGCUCUUAUACGAGAUUCAGACUGGAAAAGAACAGAGAACUCUAGUCCGUCAAAUAUUCAGAAGUGUCAAUUCUUUCCUUCUUGUCAUCAACGAUCUGAUCGACUUCAACAAAAUUGAAUCAAACGACGUUAAGGUUGAUCAAAAUGUUUUUGUUUUGCAACACCUUGUUGAAGAUUUGGAAACACUAUUCAGGAAUAGUAUGGCAAAGGAAGGCGUUGAGUUUAAGGUCGAUGACACAGAGGUCAUAUAUAGUGCUUUCGGCGAUGGUACACAACUGCUCCUUAAAGGUGAUGAUGCAAAAGUUCGGAGGGUUGUCAUUAAUCUACUAUCGAAUGCAUAUAAGUUUACUUCAAAGGGGACUGUAAGUCUCAAAGUCAUCACGAAAAAGGUCCAAAAGGGGUCCUUAGAGUUAAGGUUUGAGGUCAAGGACACUGGCAUUGGAAUUUCUGAAGAUCAUUUGAAGAAAUUGUUUCUUCCCUUUGAAGAAAUUGCAGCUGCCGAUAUCUCAACCGGCCACUAUGGCACAGGGUUUGGUUUAGCUAUCGCGAAAAGCUUUGCCACAAUCCUUCGAGGGAAUAUUGGGUGUCAAUCUGUUGUUGACCAAGGCUCCACCUUCUGGUUUUCUGUACCUUGUCUUCGGCCUCCAAAGAAUUCUCCAGUAACAAUCCCACGUAGAGAAGACAGUCUAGCUCAUGACAUGGGUGUUGUUCUCCGAAUCGGUGACUUACACUCUGCAAUCAGGCAUGAUUAUUGGAAGAAACAAAAAGUCUCAAUAAAGGGAACAAAUGUCUUGAUUGUUGAAGAUAACUGGUCUCACCAAGUUGUGACUGCGAAGAGGAUGGAGAAAAUGGGCUGUAAUGUACAAGUCGCAAUCAACGGACAGAACGCAAUCUCGAGAAUGAAAAAAGGGGAGCUCAAGGCUUUGGAUAUUAUAUUCAUGGAUCUUCAGAUGCCGUUACUGGAUGGUUACGAAACUACUGCGAUCAUUCGCAAGGCGGAAGAUCCUGGUCUAGUUGCCUAUAAGGAUGUUCCAAUUGUUGCUGUUACGGCAACAGAAAUGGCUGGCGAUCGUGAUCGUGCAAGAGAAGCCGGAAUGAAUGACUUCACGCUAAAGCCUUUAAACAACGAAUCGCUAAGGGAAAUCAUCGAGAGAUUUCUUGAAAAGGAGGCAGCGAAGGACUUUCAUGAAGAUUUCUCUGUGCAAUCAUUUCUCCCUCGUCUAAACGAGAUUCCGCAACUAUCCCUGGGUAGAACUGACAGUGACACGCGUAAUUCGCAGGCUUGA